AUGGAGAAGGUCACCGAUAGGGAUACGUCUUUCCAGUGCAGUUCAUGUGUACUCACAACUACUGACAAGAGGAGCGGCGAAGCAACGACCUCACCUGUGUAUCGAUACAACAAAGUCAAGCACUCGUACGAUGGGGAGGCGCGUACGUGCUUCGAGAUCUGGCACAAGUGCUGGCGGAACGGCACACAAAAGCCUAGCCGCGGCAAGCGCAAAAUUCGGAUGCAUGUAGCGAAAGAAGAUGAGGUGAAUGCUGAUGAUGAGGCGGAGAAAGCAGACGACGAAGGGUCACCACACCCACCACAGAGAGCACGUCGUCAGUGA